AUGAUUGUGGCUCUUGGUAGCUACGAGCUGUACUACAAUCUCUCAGGCCUGGAGACGGCGGUGCGGCCUCAAUAUCGGGAACUAGCAGAAAGCAAUUGGCAAGAAUAUAACAUCAGCGCCAUUGAUCCCUCAAACUCUCCCAACAGUACCAACCUAUUGGCGGAUAGCUUCUGGAAAGGCUACACGAACGAUCACAUCAGUGCGCUACAACGGCAACUGAUCAGAAAUGCAGCCAUAGACUGGGAAUACGAUAGCCCCAUUCGUUUCUACUAUGGUCUUGCCGACGAAGUUGUCCAUCCGGCGAUGGUGACGCGAACAGUUGCUGCUGGGGGCAGGUAUGCCCCUGCAAUCCAGGUCGCCAGGGCUAGCCACCGGGCGACAUUUCUUGCCGGGCUGUAUGGCAGCGGAGCAUCGCUUGAUGGCUUCGAUAACGUGUUGUCUUGGUUUCAGAGCAAAGCUUAG